UACAAAAUAAGACUACACUCUUGUCCUGCUUACAAAGCAAGCCAUUAUGAGUCAAACACACCUACUAAGACCGCGCGCUCCGGCUAUGAAAUCAGCCUCGUACCGUAUACGAAAAGUGAUAUCUCAGCCGAUAAAUUCGAGCCCGCCCAAUCACCGAACAAGAGAAGAUCAGUCUCGAUAUAAAAGUGAACUUCUCUAGCAUCAUCAGCAUUGCUCCUUGGGGCCAAGAAAGUGCCCAAAAGCCCAAAGUUAAAAAGAAACGGAGAAUAAUCGAGCCAGAUUUCAUUGAUCCAGAUCAGAGCGGCAAAGGCAGCCCUCAGUUCGACAAUAUAUCUUUCCACGAUGAUGAUAAAGAAGCUAUUCCAUUAGUCGAUAAGAAUCCAAAGAAAACAAAAAAGAAGAAACCUAAAAGAGCAGUUAUGGAAGUAACAGAAGAGAGGUUCGAUAGAAAACCGCGACUUGCCGAAUUAGAUUUCCAUAAAGAUAAUGUCAAAACAUUAAUAAAAACAUCUAACGUAACGCCUGUACGAUAUAAGAACGGUGAUAAAUAUGGAUGCAGUUAUUGCCGAAGAGAAUUUCUCAACCCGAGAGACUUGAAAUCACAUUCAAUAGAGAAACACAAAGACGGAAAGCCAUCCUGCUUCAAAAUUAAGCUUCUAUCGAAAUUUAUAACAUUUUUAGACAUAACAUCGCUUAAGUGCAAGAUGUGUCUAACCAAAAUGAAUAACGUGCAAGACUUGAUCGAUCAUUUGAAAGAUGUUCAUCAAGAAACCAUACAUCCUAAUAUUAAAACACAAAUCGUUCCGUUUAAAUUUGAAGACGGCGAGAUAAAAUGUGGGGUUUGUGAGUUGGUGUGCAAAGAAUUUGACCUCCUAGAAGCUCAUGUGGCGACGCACUUCAGGAACUAUGUAUGUCAAUUUUGCGAGACGGCCUUCAUCGUGAAACACAAGAUGGUGGAACACAAGAAAAAUGUACAUCAAGUAUAGUUUUGUUCGUAAAUGUGCCAUGAAUGAGUAAAUAAAAACUUGUAGUUUUAA